AUGUUCGAUCCGACCUUGCUUUCUCUUCCUUGGGCUAGGAGUGAUGUCGAAGCUGGACGAGGAGAUAUUCGGUUUUCGUCUAUGAUCUUCAAGAAGAUCGAGGGGGCUUCUGGUUUCCAGGAACAGAACGACACAAAACCGACCUUUGUGAAAUUCAUCGGUCAACGUACCGAGCUUGAUAUAGUUGAAAGCCUGUAUUCUGUGGAAUUGAAUCAGGAAUCCCAGACAGCGAGCUAUCCGUACACUCACUCGAUACGAAAGCGCAAUAAGGCGCUCAGUUCACCUUGGGUCGACGACGAUUUUCUUGUGGACGAUAUGGACGUCCCUGAGUUUCAGUUUAGUACCCGCUUUCAGCAGGCAAAUCGUGUCUCAAACUCGUCUGAUCAACCUUUUCAGCCAGCACAACGUAUUGAAGAAUGGAGAAGUGAACACUCUUGGCUGAUAUCUAACGAAGAUGAGUUAGAUUUAGAUCAAGACGGGAAGACAAUACAGCCUCAAGGGUUCGAUGAUUGGAUUAGUUCAGCUGUCGACCGACUCCAAGACCAGAUGCAUAGUUAUGCAGCAUCUUCAGCAACCCUACUUGAAAUCCUUGGUCCACCUCCAGCUUUAGAUGCGAUUGACAGCAACACACGGAGUUUUGAACACUUCCUAUCCACCAUGGCAAGCGUGCUACCAGCUACUCCGCGGCAGUAUCGGUUAUCGAGACUGCCAUUGCCGUUCUCUGCGACAUCGAAUCUGGCCGUUUACACACCAGUUGAGCAGAGUGAUCUAUCCCUUGCAACAGUUUAUGACUCACUUGUCUAUGACUGGCUUUCGCCGCUAUCCGAACAGGUUCCGAAUAGAGUCAGGAUAAUGAGAGAGAAAAUGAUCCGAUCUGUGGUCACGGAGAUAAUAUUUUCAAGGAUAUCUCUUGUCCGUGUCGGGACUGAGGAACUAGAUACUACGAAUGAGGAUGAAGCCGGUGCAUUGGUUAACGAGUCGCAGCUUCAAAGUUUUGGGUCAUCACAAAAUAUCAUCUCAAGUCAGACUCAGAAAUCUAGUCAAGGAUUGGACCCAUUGCAUGAGUUUCCGGAACCGCCGUACCGCUUUUUGAAGCGCUAUACAACCCUGAACCAUCAACGUGCGCCCACAAAACGAACCAUCACCACAAUAUCCCAUUGGAAAGUCAACACCGAUCCAUCAUAUUACGAUUGGCAGAAAGCGGCUGAUGCGAUAAAAGACGAGCAGUCUCUAUCCGAAGAACACCCAGCCGCACAGAGACGUCGCAAACGUGAAGAGCGCAAACGACGUCACCUGGAAAAGGCUGAACAGCAGGCUUCCAUGCAGCCUUCGACACCCAGGCUCAUGGACGGCGGGAGGCUGUGGGGGAGCCAGCCUGUCACCACACCGGCUGUUUCUUCUUCCGGGGACCCCAGGUUAUGGAGUAGCCAGGUCAAAGAAGAAAGUGUUCUCCCAAUGUCUCAGAUGGAGAAGGGCGUGUUUGGGAGUCGGCAAGCUGGUCGAAAGAGUCUGGGCAAGGAAAAGAAGAAAAGGCGAGCUGCUGGAUUCUAA